AUGUACUCCAAUCAGCGACUCACUGUAAUAGGUACUAUGCGGAAGAAUAAAAGAGAAAUUCCACCGGAACUUCUGGACGUAAAGUGUAGGCAACUAAAUAGCAGCAUACUCGCAUUUGGAGAAAGAUCAAGCAACAAUUGCUUGAUUCGCUCAUACAGAAAAAAAGAGAAACAGGAAAACGAUGUUCUAAUGUUAUCCACCAUGCACAGCGACGAUGCUAUAGACGCUGACAGUGGCGAAGCGAACAAACCUGAAAUCAUUACAUUUUACAGUCUCACAAAAGGACGUGUAACUGUUGUCGACUGUUUGAAAUCAGAAUAUUGUGCUUCAAGAAUAAUCAACUGCUGGCCUCUUAUACUGUUUUUCAGCUUGUUGAACAUAGCAUCAAUAAAUGCUCAAAUAAUAUAUAAGAAAAACCAAGAUGUCACUACUGCCCUGAAAGGAAAAACAGAUUCACUUAGCAUCGCUGCCAUUAUUGUUCCAACCCUGUCUGUAAAGAACAUACAGCGUCGAGUGUUCUUACGUGCCAGGAGUACAUGUCAUAAGAAGCCAUAUAUUAAUCUGAAGAGUAAAAAGGAGUGUGGUUAA